UCCACAAGUGAGUCCAUCGCCAUACUUUGAUGAAAAUUCGAACUUGUUCAUAUUUUCCCCAAAGCCAUGGGCAGCUUCACGAACACCACCACAUCCUUCCUCCAAUUCCACAUCGUCACCAAACCCCAAAAUUUCCGUCACAAAAUCUCACUGCCGGUAAUCAGAGCAUCCUUUCCAGGAGAAGAGCACGAACAAGAAAAUAAUGCCACGAGUCGAAGAAAAAUUGUGACAACAUUUUUGGUCACUACAAUGGCACUUGGGGCACAUCAACACGGGGUUGCCACACCGCUUGGACUAGCCGAAAAUUGGGGCGUUCGUUCGUUUAUAAGGGAACGUUUUUUCGAGCCUGGACUUUCGCCCGAAGAUGCAGUGGCUAGGAUUAGGCAGACUGCCGAAGGGCUACAUAGCAUGAGGGACAUGUUGGAGGCCAUGGCUUGGAGGUACGUCAUAUUUUACAUUCGUCUAAAGUCUGCCUAUCUUUCGCAAGACUUGAAAAAUGCUGUGAAUUUGGUGCCGGAAGCUCGCCGGAGUGAGUAUGCUAAGACGGCCAAUGAAUUGGUGGAUAACAUGGCAGAGCUUGAUUAUUAUGUUCGAACGCCGAAGGUAUAUGAAUCGUACUUGUACUACGAGAAGACAUUGAAAUCGAUCGAUGAUUUGGUUGCACUAUUGGCAUAGUUCUAGUGGCUCGGGUUAAUAUUCUGAGUGGCUUGCAUUAAAACCAAAUAUGUUUGGGUAAAUAAUAAAUAUAGAAGUGCAUGAACUAAUGCAAUUUUCGUAGAUUUGUGAUUAGAUUCAUUUGGAUUAGCUGUACAACUACAUCAUUGCAAUUGAAAAAAUAAAUAAAUCAAGAUAUUGCAGAUUGUAAGAUGCAAAA